GACUGUGGGAUGAAUCAAUCACCACGACCAAAUACGAUUGUCGGAUAUUACCCAGCUUAUAAAUAUAAUUUAAAAUCAAAUGAUUUUAAUAUCAGUUCGUCAAUUACUCAUUUAAACUAUAUUGCAUUUAGCCCAAAUGAUCUUAUUAAUGUCACUAGACCAUAUACAGUUUUUCAGAAUCAGCUCGAUAAACUUAAUCAAUUGAGAAAUUAUCUUGUUGGAAAACCUAAUCUGAAAUUUCAAUUAAUCCUUUCAGUCUUGUUGCCUACUAAUGAAGACUUAGUAAAAAUCCCCCCGUUUUCUGAUCUUGCAUCUAUGCUGUAUAAUCCAAAUCAUAAUAUUACUGAUGAUUUAGUUAAAAUCGUUAACGACAAUUCAUUUGAUGGAAUUGACAUUGAUUAUCCUAAUAAGCUUCCAUGCUAUCAAAUGUCACAACCACAAAAUUUCGGGUCUGAGGAUUUAAAUCCUGUGUUCAUAUCUUUUCUAGCUGAUUUAUCAAGUAAAUUAAGACAAUCCAAUAGCAGUAAGAUUUUAACGGUCACAGCGGGCCAGUAUCCUAUAGAUAGUCUUAAUUCCAGCAAUUCUGAUAUCAUUAAUUUUGUGAAUAUUCAGGCAUUUUAUCUUAAUAUAGGUAAUAAAUCUGCGAGUGCAGGAAUAGACAAUAUUCAGAGAAUUUUUAAUGCUUGGAAUAGUCACGUCAGUAAAUCAAAACUCGUUUUGGGAAUCGAUUUUGGUGGUAUUGUAGAAGUUGUUAAUUCUAGUAACAUUAUAGCGGACACUAAUAAUCAAAACCUUCAGGUUGUAAAUGACCUAACUACUCAAAUCUCAUUCGCUGAUGAUAAGAUUCAAGAUUUAUGCGGACUUUCAGUAUAUGCAUCUUGGUCGUGGAAAAAUUUGAGUUCUCAAUUAUUAUCACCUUGUUAUACAAGCACCAAUAAACAUUCUCAAUGGAAUUAUGGCUUUGAUAAUAAAUCCCAACAGCCAUAUAUUUACCAACAACAACCGAACUCUCCUACACGAUUCUAUUAUGUUUCUUAUGAAGAUUUUCAAUCAAUAAAAUCCAAACUUGAUUAUGUGCAGGAAGUUAAUGCACUAGGAAUUGCAAUUUCUGAUAUCACCAAAGAUACAAACGAUGCAACAUUAAUGAACUUCAUAACAACAGAUGUUAUUAAUCCACCUAACUCAUCUUCGAAGCCAACGCCUACAUCCAUAUCAUCUACACCUCGGUCAUCUCCGUCCCAUAUAGGUGUAAUAGUGGGUGGUAUAAUAGGCGCUUUGAUUUUUGUUAGUGUGUUAACGGCAGCUGGCUUUAUAUUAUAUCGAAGAAAACACCGUGCAAGAAUGCCGGCUUUACUCCUAAACACAAAUAAUCAGACGUGUUCUGAUACAAAUAAUAAUGUUUACUCUGAUAUAAAUCAUCAG